UCGAAACAAUGUCUGACGAAGAUAAAAAACAAGAAGAUGACAAGGAUUCUGUACCUGGUAAUGAAAGAAAACGAAAAUCGACAAGAGAUGGGAGUAAUACUGAAGGAUCCUCAGUGAGUUUUGGUCAGAAAAAAGACGAAUCCAAAGGACCGUCGACUUCUUCAGUUAAUCUUAAGCAUGGUCCAAAAGUAGCAGCCAAACCGAAAAAAUCAUCAAUACGGUCAUCAAGUUCUGAGGCGGUUAAAAAUACAGUUUCUCAAAAUCAUGAAGAUGAAAAGCCUGGAUUUUCCAAAUCAUAUGAGAAAAUAAAUUUGGGAAGCUAUAGAUAUACAAGAGAAGGUAAAAUUGUCAUUGACAAUAACAAAGAUAAAGAAGAUCCAAAGCCGUCAUCUCGGUCCGGAAAAGCACCGCCUAAAAAUUUGGAGGAUGAAGAGCCACAUACAUCAAGACGGAAGCAAAGGAAAACCAAACCGGAUAACGAUGAUGGUUUCACAUCAACAAGGCGACAUAGAGAGACAUUUGAUUCAUUUGAUAGGGAAACGUAUUUGGCUGAUAUGAUAGAUUAUGAGCGCUCUUCAGAGGGAAUACCACCAGAUAGCACUGAAAAGAAGCAAAGGUGGAAGCCAGACAGUUCUCUAAGACAUCGAUAUGCCAGCAACCAUGAAACUAAAUCUAAAUUAAGUUUUCAAGGAGAGGAAGAAGGAGACGAAAUCGAUUCAGUUGGAUCUGCGACCAUGCGAAGUAGUAGCUUUCGUCGAUCCAGAACUGAUGAUAAUCGGUCCGUGAUCCUGGCUGAAGUGAUCGAUAUAGGAAGAUUAGAGGAGCUAAGGGAUCAACAAGAAUCGAAUAAAGACCAAAGAAAUGACAGAACUAUUGAUGAAAUAAAAGGUUAUAAGACCACAGGAACUUGCAAAAGUCAUGUUGAUGAAGUUAAAUGGAGGGAAACCUCUAGUGAUGAAGAUAGUAAUGCGUCCGUAAAACACAGAGGCACCAUCACGAAAAUCUCUCGUGCUGCUCAAAGAGUAGAAGAGGAAAGUUUGAAGACUGAUGAGGAUGGUGAGACUCCUCCUCCGGAAACAGAAAAAGAGUUGCGGCCAAAAAGACGAUGGACUUUUCCCAUAACAGAUACAUUUUCUGAGAUCCCUGGGGAACGCCAGCCACUGAGAGAAAACCAAAAGGUAAAAAUAGGAAAGAGAAACAAAAAAAUUCGGUCUAUCGGAGUCAACACAGAAAUAAGUAGAAAACCUCCCAAAUUAGGAGACACCGCAAUGCCUGGAGAAACUGAUUCGGGAGUAUACCACGACGAUGGAAAAAUGCGAGAUAUAGGCCAAGUCACUGAAAGAGUCUAUACACAUCGCAAGAAAAUUAUAUAUAAAACUGAUUCAGAUGAUUACUCCUUAGAUAUAGAACUCUUGGAUGAUCGAGUAAGAGAAAUUGGAGUCAAUACUAGAAAGCUACCCAAAACCAAUUAUCCGCCUAUAUCAAGGAUGUACUUUCAUGAUGGAGGAAAAUUAAUUGACGUAGGAUCGAACACAGAUAAGUCCUACAAGCCCAUCGACGACGGAACAGAAGUGAUCUAUAUGAAUCCCAUUAUGUAUGACAACUCAAUAUUGAACAGGCUCAUUGUGGACCCACCGCCGGAUAAUGAUCCCUACAAAAUGCCAGCUAAAGAUGAUAGACGUGCCUACUACAAGGGCUGUGAAUAUCAUUUUCCGGGAAGAACUGGUUGGCGCAGACUGUUCUACAACAGAACAUUUGGAAAAUAUGAACUGCGCCGUCCAAGUCACUUUCUUUAUACACUGAUCUUUGCGACAUGCUAUAUUUUAUUUAUACUGCUUUUUUCCAUGGCCUGGUUCGAUUAUGUAACAGAUGAAGCUCACACAAAAUCGCCCGUGCUUAAGAUGUCCCAACCUUCUCUUACUUUUGCUCCUAUCGGACCUCGAACUAAUCCCAAAGCGAUCUCAUUCGAUCCGCAGAACAAUACUGAAAUCUUGGAAAAGUACGCUGGAAUAAUGGCUCUGUUGCAAAAAUAUGGCGACACUGGACAAAGUCCACGGUUUGGGACAUGUAACGCCUACGAAAACUUUGGAUAUCCUAGCGGUGAACCGUGUGUUUUUCUUAAAGUAAAUCGGUUAAUUGGCUUUAAGACCGAACCAUUCACUGAUUCCGAUGAGCUUGUGAAGGCCAAGCUUGACGAGGCCGACUUUGCGGCUUUAAAGAGUCUAUUGCAAAACACCACAUCGGAGGAGGAACGCCAGAAUCGCACUUGGAUAACUUGCCGUACGGAUAUGGACAAGAAGAUUGAAAUUGAAUUUCAUCCAGAACCGGCGUUCAGAACGGAAUACACCGAUAUUAAAGAGAAAAUUGAGUAUAUCUUGGAUAAAGAUAAGAAAUCUUUCUUCGGCCCAAACGAUUUGAAUCGCAUAGUGGCCCUUAAGAUCAAGAAUCUAAAGGCAAACGAACGUGUCCAAGUAAACUGUAAAAUGUGGGCUCAAAACAUCCAUUACAACCAAGAGGGUUUUGGUCAAAUCUCGUUCUAUGUGCUUUUAGCCAACGACAAAAAUCGAGAAAGGGUGGAGAAAGUACUUAGACAUCAUGAUUCAUUGUAAAGCAAAUU